AUCGAAUUAAACAAAAUUAUAAAACAUGAUUGUAAUACUAUAUAUAAUCAUGAACAAGAAAUAAGUGAUAGCGACUCUGAAUUUAGUGGAGAUGAGCUUGAAGUAUAUUUUUUACAAAACCAUCAUAAUGAAUAUUUGAUAGAUAGCUUUCUAGUAAAUCCCAAAUAUCCAGCUCAAGAAAGCGAUAAGAAAUCAGAUCCUCAAAAUAAUUUAUCUGUGAUACCAGCAGUUGAUAUUGUUAGAAAUCGGGGGCAAAGCAGAGAAAGACCGUGCGGAUCAAAAGCUAAUCAUAGUGGUAGAUCUAGUCAACAAAUUAGUCUACCAAACCCACUAGA